AUGACCUCCGAACGAGCAAUCCCCCACUUGCGCGACAUCUUCGGCUUGAACCAGCAAUACGAAGCGAAGCAGACAUACGACGAGCACGAUGACAAAACAAAAAAGCCGCGCAAGAAGAAAGAAGACUAUAGGACGUACACCAACGGUGACGUGAAGACGCUAGAACGACACCUCAGCAUGAAAAAGACGAUCAGGAAAAAGAUCAUGCGAGACCUGCAGCAGGCGUUCGUCGAAGACCCCAACGAGUUCAAAGUGGAGAACACGAGCCCGGAGAAACUGAAGGCAGAACUCAGCGCGGAGGCGGUCAAAAUAGAGAAGAAUGUGAAGAAGAACGACCCGACGUUCUUGGACAUGUUGCGGGGUGACACCAGGGAAGAGACGAGGGAAGAACAACCGACUGCCGAGAAGUCCAGCUUCUGGCGGCGAUUAACUAUGAAGAACAAGAAUAAGAGAUAA